GUGGGCUGCGCGAGUCGCCGACUAAACCUGGCAGUCCCACUGUACACGGCCCCACUGGAGAACGCGCUGGCUGGUAUCCAGAAGCUCAUGGUCAAGCUGAGAAGUCUGAAUCAAGCGGCGAAACUACGUUUCAAGACGACACGUAGCCCUGUGCUGCGCAACGACACUCGCUGGAGCUCCACCUUUGCGAUGCUCGACCGUUACGUACGGCUUUUGGAGUUCAUCGACCGCGAGGACGAUGCUGUAGCGGAGCUGCUCCCGUCUCCCAGCGUGCACAAAAAGCUCAAGGGCCUCCUGGAAGACCUCAAGCAGUUCGAAUCAGUGUCCAAGCGUUUACAGUCCGAGUCGGUAUCGCUGUGGGAGGUGCGGGUCAUGUUCGACGCGCUAAUCGCCGAGAAACCUGCUCUCAACCAAUAUCUUGGUACGCGUUUAUUGCUUCUGCUAUUGUUGCUACUUAUUUUUUCUACCUUGUUUUUUAUAUUUUUAGGACCACGGGCGGAUAUUGUGGCGUCUCCCGACUUUGAGUCUGCCUGCGUCAAGAUUCAGCAGGACAACCAGCACGCGCUGUCCAGACAGGAGAAAAUGGCGGUGCGGCCGUUCGUGGUCAACGCUAGCAGCUGCACGAACGAGGGCGAGCCCGAGGAACUGGGCACCGACGGUUCGCUGAACAGUGCUGAAGCGGGCUCGGGUGACGUCGGAUGA